CCUCAAGGGUUAGUACUAAAAUAGACAGUACUAGCACGACAACAAUCUGGACAAGAGACAACAACUGAGCGAGCAAUAGAAUGAAUUAAGCUAAAUCGACAUCUGAAGGCUUCUGUAUGCUGUGCUCUCAGUUUCUCACCAGUGCCCUCCUCCUUGCCCUCAGCCCUGUCGUGAGGCUCAGGCAACAUGGCCGAGGCAGGUGCUGAGGCCAGGCUGAAGGAUGAGCUGACCUGCCCCAUCUGCCUGGACAUUUACAGGAACCUCAUGUCCCUGGGAUGCGGUCACAGCUUCUGCAAGGAGGGAGAAAAAGCAGAAAGUGCAAUGCAAACAGAAGGAGGAAACCUGAGCAAACACAGCACAAAGAACACCCAGAAGAACUACGUCCUGGUGGAGCCCUGUGGUGCCCAGGUUUUGGCUGAGAGGAAAUGCCCCUAGCACGGCAAAUUGCUGGAAUGCUACUGCGAGAAGGACAAGGUCUGCAUUUGCAUGCUAUGCUCUGUCCUCAGCUCCCACAGGGACCACAAGACCAUCAGUUUAGAGGAGGCUUUUGGCCAAGCACAGCGUGUUUUUCCCAAAACUGUAAAAGAGGUGAAAAACUAUGAAGCUGCACUGGAUCGAAGCAUAGAAAACCUGCUGGAACAAUCCUCUGCAAAGGAGUUCCUUAGAGUACAAACAACGCUUGAAAAUUAAGAUUUGGCAUAACUGGUCUACUCUGGCCUCCAACCAGGAGGCCUGAAGACACACUAUCCACAACACUGCAGAUGUUUUUGAGAAGGCACGCAGGAUGGCCUUGACAGUCUG